AUGCCUUCUCCUCGCGCCUCGCCUGCUCUGAGACCGUCUUCGCCUCUUUCGCCUCGGUUUGAACCAACACCACGCUACGAACUACAACCUCCAUCGCCUCGUGGUCUUCAUCCUCGUUCCGCCGCCACAAGUUCUCAAAUGCGCCAUCGAACUUCUCCUGCUGGAAACACUCUCAAGCUACCUGGCCUGCCCCGUUUCCACCCGGCAAAUUUCCCUUCAUCACAGACAUCCUCGGCUGCAAACACUCCCGGUGCUGGUGGUCCCUUGUCGCCUAACAACCCUCCUGUCAGCCCCAAAGCUCAGCAAAGGCUCUACUCUGAGGCUCAGAAGCAACUUUAUCUGUACCAUCGGGAGACCGUAGCUGCUCAAGCCGCCGUCGCUGCUGCUGCGAGUUCAAGCUCUGCCAGACCGCAAUCGGUCCGCUUUGAGAAGCCUUUGAGCCCUCGUCUCGCACCACUGGGUAGUCCUGGUCCUGUGACUCCUCUUGAGCUUGAAGGCCAGGACGGCUAUCUCUUGGCAGGUGCCCAUGCAUCAUCCGCCGCUGCUCACGCUGUCGCCGCUCAGGAAGCAGCCGCGCAGCUCUCAGCUCAGCACUCCGAUCUCGUUGACAAGCUCAUUGAGCAAGAGGUCCGCCGCAGCUCAGACUUGGAUGGUACUAUUCAGGAUCUUGGCCGAUGA